AUGCGCUUCACCACCCCCUUCUUCACUCUCACUGCCUGCGCGAGCGCCGCCGCCGUGCCCAACCCAGAGGUGGUUGCUGAGCGCGCUGCACUUGCUGAGCGUGACCCCGUAGCCUUCUGGGACUUCGAUUUCGUUCGUUCCUACUUUAAGGGCGGCUUUGUCGAGACCGUUAGCGCCAAGUUUGUUUCCGACAAGUACCCUGAGCCCAAAGGCUUCAGGUCCAGUUGCAAAACGACAUAUUAUGAUGGCUCAGGACCAUUCAAUCCCGACUGCACACCCGGUUAUUUCCAUUACUUCUUCGAUCUGGCCCAUUCAGACCUUACUGUUCAGCAGCGCGUUUCGCAGCCCUACGAGUUGAUUAUCAAGGGUGAAGCCACCUUUUCGCCUAAUCACAAGGACAACACCCUAGUUGGCAGUAUUCAUAUUCCUGUCACGGCCCAGUACCCUGCUCCUUACAAGCCCCCGAACUAA